GGGGGAAGGAACCAUCCCAGGGGAGCUGACAGCAGGAUUCUGGUAGAGGAGGGCCCGUGACAAUACCGUAGGAGCCAUGGAGACGGCAAUGUGCGUGUGCUCCCCGUGCUGCACGUGGCAGAGGUGUUGUCCCCACUCGUGCUCUUGUCUGUGCUGCAAGUUCCUCUUCACCUCCGAGCGGAACUGCACCUGCUUCCCCUGCCCUUACAAGGACGAGCGGAACUGCCAGUGCUGCCACUGCACCUGCGCCGAGAACCCCAACUGCCACUGGUGCUGCUGCUCCUGGGCCAACGACCCCAACUGCAAGUGCUGCUGCACCACCAGCAGCAACGUCAAGUGCUACUACUACGAGAGCCGCUGCUGCCGCAAUGCCACCAUCACCUUCCACAAGGGCCGCCUCAGGACCAUCCGCAUCUCCUCCAAAACCGCCCUGCGCGUCGGGAGCAGUGACACCCAGGUGGGGGAUGUCAAGACGACGAUGGCAGGGAAGAGCCACCUGGUCGACCACCUGUCGUGCCCCACGUGCAACCGGCUGCGCCUGCACUCGUUCAUGCUGCCCUGCAACCACAGCCUGUGCGAGAAGUGCCUGCGGCAGCUGCAGAAGCACGCCGAGGUCACGGAGAACUUCUUCAUCCUCGUCUGCCCGGUGUGCAACCACUCGCACUGCAUGCCCUACAGCCACAAGAUGCAGCUGCCCGAGAACUACCUGCGCGGGCGCCUCACCAAGCGCUACAUGCAGGAGCACGGCUACCUCAAGUGGCGCUUCGACCGCUCCACCGGGCCCACCCUCUGCCAGGUCUGCCGCAGCCGGCGCAUCGCCUACAAGCGCUGCAUCACCUGCCGCCUCAACCUGUGCAACGACUGCCUCAAGACCUUCCACUCGGAUGUGGCCAUGCAGGACCACGUCUUCGUGGACACGAGCACCGAGGACCAGGACGAGAAGGUGUGCAUCCACCACCCGUCCAGCCGCAUCGUGGAGUACUGCCGCCACGACAACCAGCUGCUCUGCACCUUCUGCAAGAUGGCCUUCCACAACGGCCACGACACCGUCAGCCUCAUCGACGCCUGCUCCGAGAGGUCGGCCGCGCUCUUCAGUGCCAUCGCCAAGUACAAAGCAGUCCGAUAUGAAAUUGAUAAUGACCUAAUGGAAUUCAACAUUUUAAAAAGCAGCUUUAAAGCUGACAAGGAGGCAAAGCGAAAAGAGAUCAGAAGUGGGUUUCUCAAGCUGCGCAGCAUUCUACAGGAGAAGGAGAAGCUGAUCAUGGAGCAGGUGGAGAAUCUAGAAGUGUCCAGGCAGGCAGAGAUCGAAAAAUAUGUGAAAAUCACAUCCAUGAAAGUGAACGAAAUGGAUGGCCUCAUCGCCUACUCCAAGGAAGCGCUCAAAGAGACGGGCCAAGUGGCAUUCCUGCAGUCUGCCAAGAUCCUGGUGGACCAGAUCGAGGACGGCAUCCAGAGCACCUACAGGCCUGACCCCCAGCUCCGGCUACACUCCUUGCACUGCAUCCCCUUGGACUUCACUGAGCUCUCCAGUGCCAUCCAUGAGCUCUUCCCUAUGGGACCCAAGAAGGUAUGCUCCUCAGGGGACUCCCUGCCCUCCCCCUAUCCCACACACUCAGAAAUGAUGAUUACCAGGAAGGUCACUUUCAGCACCCACAGCUUGGGCAACCAGCAGUUAUACCAGCGAAGCUCCUCCUUAUUGUCCUUCAACACCACCGGAGGAGAGAGAGUCAAGAUGGGUCUGGAGGCCUACGGGCGAACACAGUCCACCGCACCUGCCAAAGCCACAGACGGCCUCUACACCUACUGGAGUGCAGGGGCAGAAAACCAGUCUUUGCAGAACACCAGCAGCUUCCACAACUGGUACUCAUUCAACAACAGCUCUGUGAAAACCCCAGGCCCGAUUGUUAUCUACCAGACUCUGGUGUAUCCAAGAGCUGCCAAGGUUUACUGGACGUGCCCAACGGAAGAUGUGGACUCUUUUGAGAUGGAAUUCUACGAACUCGUGUGCUCCCCUCCCAACAACGUGCGGACGGAGCUCUGCGGACAAAUUCGGGACAUCAUGCAGCAGAGUCUGGAGCUACAUAACCUGACCCCCAACACUGAGUAUCUGUUUAAAGUCCGAGCCAUCAAUGAUAACGGCCCCGGGCAAUGGAGUGACGUCUGCAAGGUGUUAACGCCAGAUGGGCACGGGAAGAACCGAGCUAAGUGGGGCCUGCUGAAGAACAUCCAGACCGCCCUCCAGACGCGUUUCUGAGCCCCCAGCAGAGCAGGCAGCAGCCUCAAAGACACACCACAAAAUAGACAUAUAUACACACACAUGCACACUUACUUUCUCACCGCGUUCUUCAAUGAGGUUGCCGACGAUGUUCCUAGGACCGCCGAGUGUUUCAGCAGGAGUCUUCUAAGAGCUAAUAAAAGGAAACGCCU